CAAUCUGCUACAACUUUGUAAUUAUUUCUAUUGUUAGGAUUUCGAUUGUUAGCGCGCAUGAAUCACUAGUGAACGGAAGAGCACGAUAGUUUUAUCUCAAUUAGAAAAUCUCCGCUAUUACUCUUACUAAUGAAUACGGAGACUGACGGAAAGGGCCGAAAAGUUCCGAUUGAUUUUAUCGGAAAAGGAAAACCCAUAUUUGCCGAAAGUGGAGAUUUGUUCUUAAUUAAAUCAAAAGGAACACCGUAAAAGGCUGUGUGCAGUUUAAAGAAAGAAGUUAUUGAAGGAAAACUGACUGUUUCUGUGCCUUUUUUUAUUUUUCCGCCUAUUUUGCGAAGAAAGGCGUCCGGUGCAAUGCUGUUGCAGCAAUGUUCACUGUAAUGUUAAGACAGCUCAUUAGCCGAGUCAAGAGAGCACCAUUUGUCGCUACAGUUUGCAUAUGUUUUGUGCUAAUGGUGGUGUACCCAUUUAUGGCAGGUGAAUCUCCGGCUGACUAUACAAUGUUCAAGCACGGACGUGUCAUCAAAAUUGAUCGGGACGCAUUUGAACCGGAAGUUAUAGAAGACAUUAAGACGGUUGAUUCAAAAUAUCCCAGAAUUCCUCGCAUCAUUCAUUUUGUUUAUAUCACAGGAGGGAAGGAAAGCAAGGGAGUUCCUUCGAAAUAUGAGAAAAAUAUCAAGUCAUUUUUACACUUUCAUCCGAAUUGGACGUACUAUUUUUGGUCCGACCAAACAGCGCGAGCACUGAUUCUUGAACGUCACCCAGACCUUAUUUCAUUGUACGAUAGUUACUCUAGACCAAUUGUAAAGGCAGAUGCUCUUCGAUAUGUUUUGAUGUAUGAGUUUGGUGGUGUCUAUGCAGAUCUUGACUUGGAAUGCCUGCGACCUCUUGAUCGAGCUACUAUGAAAUAUGCGUGUAUACUAUCGCCAGAACCUUUCGUACACAGUGCUGUAUGGUAUGGUCAAAAUUACUUCUUAACUAAUGCAUUCUUACUGUGUAGAAAGAAACACCCAUUCUAUCUUCAACUUAUCAAAGAAUUACCAAACUAUGCACACUUCAGUGGUUCUUUACAAUCGGCAGGAACUGUUUUCUUUACAAAUAUAUUUGAAAAAUUCAGUAAAAUUCCUUCGCAUGGUGACGUCAUCUUUGAAUAUAACAGUAAUGACGAUACACCAUAUUUUUAUCAAGUAAAACUAGAGUCUGCAGAAAAUGAAAACGCUACAUACAUUGUAAAUUCACAGUAUUUUAUGGGUUCACUUGAUACAGGAACUCUUGCGUAUCUAAAAUUCACGACAAUGUGUGCGUUAUAUAGUUUCUGGAAUGACUUAGUUAGGAGAGGAUGUAAACUUUGGAAGAAGCAAAAAGCUGUCUCUGUAAAAAAUCCGUACGCAUAUAUUGAUCAUGCGUGGUUACAUAGUGCUAGUAAGUGGUUUAUUAAAACAGAAAAGAAAAUGGUAUCUAUAGAAUCUAUUAUUCCACAAGUAAAACAAUAUAAAAGUGUAAGAUGAGAGUAACGAACUUGAAGUAUAAUCCACAAAAGAAGCUGGCAGUCUUUCUCGAAGUAGAUCUCGGACGUUUUUGGAAGUAAGUGCCAUGUACUUUAUAAAGAAAAAAACAAAACACCAAUCAACAGUUUGAUAGUAAUAUCUAGCGCGAAAGAUAUGCACUUACUGUUAAGAAAAAAACUGUGAAUGAUAAGAAAUAGUGUAUGGAAAUGUUAAGGUAUAAAGUUGAACGUGUUUUUCCAUCAGGUGAUAGCCCUGGACAUAAUGAGGAUGUCUCGUGGGAUUCUAUGUGCAGGUUAUUUGAGAUUUGUCAUUACGGGAUCGAAUCCCAGCUGGGAAGUAAAAUUAUUCAAUGCAAUGAAGCAAUCCAGGUUGCCUACUCCACCAGGAUGCGAUGAAAUCUUCCUCCACUAGUUUAACUCACCACAUGGACUUAAUGAAAUCGGCAAAAGUUAAUAUCGGACACAAAAGUGAAAGUUAAAAAAAGUAUUCAUUUACUUAUUGGAACAUAUCUUAUCAAAGCAUAUAAAAUUAUUAAAAACUGGUCAUGUGACUGUAAGAGCGGCAAAUGGAGCUUUAUAUUCAUAGACACUAUGUGAUCUUACGUAUUGUAAUUUUGAAAACGAAAUCAUACUAAAGCGACCUUCAGCUUUUCUAAAGGUUUGAUAUAUUAUCUUUAGUUGUUUCGUUUAAUUGUGAAAUCAAAGGAAUUAAGGUGGAAAUGAAAUUUGCCGACGAUAAAAUACAUACAUAAUAAUUAAGAAUACACUUCCAUACCUCUUAUCUGCAGGUCCGACCUCUAUAUUUAAAUUAGUAAACGGGACGAUUAGUUUCCCCGAUCUUCUAUUUUUAGAAACGAACGUCACUGCCGCGUUAUAUAAAGCUCUCGGAACGCUAUUUAAAAGAAGUAUUCAAGAUAUAAUUGCCAAAAUACUUAGUUUGAAACAACACAGAAUUGUUAUCCCAACAAAAAAAGAAAAAAAGAAAAACUGAAGGCCGCUUUAAAUUUGAAGAUUUCAGGAUAGUCAUGUUCUGGAGGCAUCAAACAAACUACUCAUAUCAUGGACCUAGUCAUAUGUUUAUAGUUUAUAUACUUAGUUACAGGAUGAUCUUCAGAUUUAAAUUAAAUUUAAAAUUAAAAUGACUUACCGUCUCUGUAUUUAAAGUUCAGUUUUACUUACCUUUUAUACGUAUAGUCAAUUCAAAGACUCUAAAAUCUGAAAGUUCAUUGAGAUUUACUUGACUAGAUUUCCAGUAAGAGGCCACAUGGAAGGAAUGUAUAAGGAAUUGUUAUUUAUUGAACUUUUUUCUUUCGAAAAAUUAUGCAAACUAUACAUUCGAGAGAUCUGAGCAAAAUUAUUGAAUGUUUUAAAAGAAUAACACAUCAUAAGACUAUCAGUAUUCUGGGUAUUCGGCAAAAUUCCAAGGUCUAGGUAGCUUGUUUUGUGUUAUAUGCACACUAACUUCUUGUACAAGCGUCCGUACCAUCAUUUGCAACAAAAUUAUUAACUCAACAUCCUCUGUAUAAAUGCAAGUCACGGAUACAUUAACCUGACAAAUAUGAUACAUUGAUAAACGGUAUAUUCUUUUGAUUUUUUUCACUCAUUCCAACAUAAAAAUGUACAUUUUGCUCUUCUUUAUUAGCUCCUGAUGUGUUCUCUUUUUUGGCUUACUUGAAGAAAUUAUUAUUUACGUUAUAAAGAAUAAUAAAAUAUUUAUUUGCAGGAGUUUGGUUAGAGAACAAAAUAUCAUUAUUAUAAUUAUAGAAUUUAAAUAUAAAAGAAUUUAAAUGAAAUUUCAUUGCAAUAAACAAUAAAAAUCUU